GUAAGGAUGUCAUCGAGCUCCGAGAAUCUGAACUUGAACCUGAAAACGGAAGUUGACGGAACGGAAGUGAAAACGUCGACAGUCGAAACUGUAGUCUCUAUAAGGCAAACUUCCGAUUCCAGGGAAACAUGGGAUAAAAAAAUCGAAUUUUUAUUAGCCGUGAUUGGUUUUGCUGUGGAUUUGGGUAAUGUUUGGCGAUUUCCUUACAUUUGUUACCGAAACGGAGGAGGUGCUUUUCUCAUACCAUAUGUUAUCAUGUUAAUAUUUGGAGGUUUACCUUUGUUCUAUUUGGAGCUAGCGCUUGGACAGUAUUACAGGAAUGGUUGUCUUACAAUUUGGCAAAAAUUGUGCCCUAUGAUGAAAGGUAUAGGGUACGCGAUCUGUCUGAUAGACUUGUACAUGGCUAUGUACUAUAAUACGAUUAUUGCAUGGGCAGUGUACUUCCUCUUCGCUUCAUUCAGUUCGGAAUUACCUUGGACUAGAUGUGAUAAUAGCUGGAAUACACAUCUCUGCUUAACACUGGCAGAAAGAAGGUUAAAUUCUUCAAACUUAUCCACGAGUCCCGCACAGGAGUAUUUCGAAAAUUAUUUAAACGAUUGGUUCUANGUUUUGGAAAUUCAACGUUCACAAGGGAUAGAAGCCGUAGGGCCGAUCAAAUGGUCUCUCGCUCUUUGUUUGAUGGCGGUCUUCGUUCUAGUCUAUUUUUCUCUUUGGAAAGGCGUAAAAAGUGCAGGAAAGGCUGUUUGGUUUACAGCCACAAUGCCUUAUCUAGUGCUAUUAAUUCUGUUGUGUCGAGGUGUCACUCUGGAAGGAUCUUUGGAGGGAAUUAAAUAUUAUCUUUCGCCAAAGUGGGAGAUGUUAUUGGAAAGUAGAGUUUGGAUAGAUGCCGCUACCCAAAUAUUCUUUUCGUUAGGACCGGGAUUCGGAACAUUAUUGGCAUUGUCCAGUUAUAAUAAAUUCCACAACAACUGUUACAGGGAUGCUAUUUUUACCAGUACGAUCAAUUGCCUGACAAGUUUUUUAGCUGGAUUUGUUAUAUUUUCUGUACUCGGAUAUAUGGCGCAUAUGCAAAGGAAGGAUAUCAGCAACGUUGCAACCGAUGGUCCCGGUUUGGUAUUUAUCGUAUAUCCCGAAGCCAUCGCAACUAUGCAUGGAUCUACAUUUUGGUCAAUAUUAUUCUUUCUAAUGCUUAUCACACUCGGCUUGGAUAGUACUUUUGGAGGAUUAGAAGCUAUGAUAACUGGCCUUUGCGACGAAUAUCCCAAACUCUUACGUAACCAUCGAGAAAUCUUCGUGGCAGUUCUCAUACUAUGCAUAUAUCUUUGCGCUCUCCCUACUACAACUUACGGAGGAAACUAUAUUGUCAAUUUGUUGGAUGCUUACGGUACAUCAAUGUCCGUGCUCUUCAUAGUUUUCGUAGAAGCAGCAGCAGUUUGUUGGUUGUAUGGAGCUGAAAAAUUUUCUGAACAGAUCAAAGAAAUGAUUGGAUUUCGCCCCGGAAUUUUUUGGAGGGUUUGCUGGACAUACAUAAGUCCCAUCUUUAUAUUUAGUAUAUUCGUUUGCGCCAUGGUGCAAUAUAAACAUCUACAACGGGAAGGUUACACCUAUCCAACUUGGUCCAUAGCUGUUGGCUGGCUACUUAUGGCCUCCUCCCUCUCUUGCAUUCCAAUUUACUUUGUAUACUCUCUUAUUAGAACACCGGGAACUCUACGGCAGAAAUUGUUGAAGGGAAUCAGACCGGAUGCGGCUGCAAAUGUAACAACAAUAAAGCCAAGCGAAGACAGAAACAUCUCUACUACUUACAAUAGUAACGUCUGAAUAAACACGAGUUCCAGACAGAUAAAUGGUGCAAUAAUUUUGUUCAUAAUGUGAUUAAAUUAUUUAAAUAUAUAUUUAUAUAUUUUUCCCUUUUUUAUAAAGUAAAUUGGUUGGUUAUUUAUGUAAAUAUCAGUUGCCUUUCUCGUCUUUACUUUUCCUUUAUCUUGUCGAGAACGUUACGACAAAGUAUAAAGUUUUA